AUCCCCGGGGAAGAUGCUCGGGCUCCGACGGGAAGCCUUUAGCUGCCAUGUCCCUCUCCCCCACAAUGCUGCCAUGCAAGAAAAGGAAAACUAUCCGGAUGGAUUCCUUUUCCGAAGCCGAACCUGUUCCGACGGAGGCGUCUCCUUCAGAUGGCCUCCUUUUGCCCAAGCCAGAGAUCGAACAGGAGGAAGAAGGCGAAGUUUCCCCAACUAUGAAAUCCAUGGGGGACACGCAGAGGGUUGAGCCCCUUCGAGAAGUGAAGGAGGAACCCGAAGAAACGAGGCUCUUUAUUUCAGUGGACAAACGAGAAGGAGGGAAAAAAUCCAGGCGGAAGGGAGUUAAAAGGCAAUGGGAAGGGAAGUCGGCCGAGGAAGACGAAGGAGGAGGAAGAGGAGAAGGAGGAAAAGGAGGAAGGGCUUUAGCUUGCGACCUCAAAUUGGACGAAACUUUGGACCGCACGCUGGAAGACGGGGCGAAGCAGCACAAUUUGACGGCCGUCAACGUACGAAACAUCCUUCACGAAGUCAUCACCAACGAGCACGUGGUGGCCAUGAUGAAAGCUGCCAUCAGCGAGACGGAAGACGCCCCGGUCUUUGAGCCCAAAAUGACACGGUCCAAGCUGAAAGAAGUGGUAGAGAAAGGGGUGGUAAUACCAACCUGGAAUAUUUCUCCCAUCAAGAAAGCCAACGAACUCAAGCCCCCUCAGUUCGUCGACAUCCCGCUCGAAGACGACGAUUCCUCCGACGAGGAAUACCAACCGGAAGAGGACGAAGAAGACGAAACGGCGGAAGAGAGUUUAUUGGAAAGCGAUGUCGAAAGCAAUACCUCGUCCCCUCGGGGGCCCAAGCGCUUUCGUUCGAGACCGUCGGAUAUGGUGGAGACGGACGAGGAAGGAGUGGCCCCCUUGGAGGCCGAGAAGGGGUCCAGCCCUCCGGCCCAGCGACACGUCAGUGCCGAGGUCAUCCCUAUGGGCCCACCGCCGCCCCCCAAGCCCAAGCAAAACAAGGACACCGUUUUCAUGGAGAAGCUCCAUGCCGUCGACGAAGAACUGGCCUCCAGCCCCGUCUGCAUGGAUUCCUACCAGCCUCUGGAAGACAGCUUAAUUGCCUUCCGCACCCGAUCCAAGAGACCCCUGAAAGACGUGCCCCUCGGUCAGUUGGAGGCCGAACUUCGGGCUCCGGACAUCACUCCGGACAUGUACGACCCCAAUACGGCGGACGACGAAGAGUGGAAGCAAUGGCUGGGCGGGCUGAUGAACGACGACGUGGAAAACGAAGAUGAAGCUGACGAUGACGAUGAUCCCGAAUAUAAUUUUUUGGAAGAUCUGGAUGAACCGGACACGGAAGACUUCAGGAACGACCGUGCCGUCAGAAUCACAAAGAAAGAAGUGAACGAGCUGAUGGAGGAGCUGUUUGAAACGUUUCAGGAUGAAAUCAGCUUCCCUAACGUAGAGGAUGAUGGACAGGAGGACGAAGAGGGCACCGCUGAGGCCCGGCCCAAUUUUAAUACCCCUCAGGUGCUCAGGUUCGAAGAACCCUUGGCCAAUCUGUUGAACGAACAACACCGGACGGUGAAGGAACAGCUGGAGCAGCUGCGGGUGAAGAAGUCGACGGUCAAGCUGCCCCAGGAGAUGGAGAGGUCCAAGCUGCGGAACGAGAAGGCGGCCCAGACCCUGGCGCUGGACGCCGGGCAGAGGAAGAGGCUGCAGCAGCAAAUGCAACAGCACGUGCAGCUUCUGACUCAGGUUCACCUCCUGGCCAGUUGCAACCCGAGCCUGAACUCCGAGGCCAGCACUGCCCGGCUCUUCCUGAACGAGUUGGAAAGCUUUGCCAAGAGCUCCCUUCUCCUCAGCCAGCCUUCCAGUCCCGGAUUCCAGACCUGUUUCCAGCCUUUUAACUUGAAGGAAUCUCUGCAGCUGAUCAAAGAUUUCCACGCUCACGUCAAGAUCGAGUGGAGCCCCCGGAAAGCCGUCAAAAAGAACAUGACCGAUUUCGCUUGCUUGCCCAAGCAAGUGGCCUGGAUCCUGGCCACGCGCAGAGUUUUCCUGUACCCGGAGCUGCUGCCCACCUGCUCCUUCAAGGCCAAAACUCCCCGAGACAAGAUCGUCUUCACCAAAGGAGAAGAUAACUUGUUAGCGCUGGGUCUCAAACACUUCGAAGGCACCGACUUCCCCAAGCCCCUCAUCAGUAAGUACCUUCUGACCACCAAGACAGCCCAUCAGCUGACGGGACGGAUCAAGAACCGGAACAUGAAUCGAGUUCCCGACAACAUCAUCCGGUACUAUAAAACCACGAAGCAACUUCCGGUUUUGCCCCGGCUUUGCGAGGAAAUCCAGCCCGGAGAUUGGAAGCCGCCUGCGGAACAGGAAGAACAUCUGUUGCCCUUCUGGUUAAAGGCCAGCAUGCCCUCUAUCCAAGAGGCCAUAGAGCAGCAGCAGCAGCGCGCUAGAGCGGACUCCCAGGGCCCCGAUGCGGAUCCCAAGGCGGGAAGCGACUCCGCCCAUCCCGCCAACCCCGAGUGUCCUUUGCGCAUGCCCGAGGGCCUCCAGCUCAUCCUGAGACCUCUGAGCAGCCGUUUCUGUCGCCGAAUCUGGCGAUGGCAGCGGCCAGCCGCCGGCAAACCCUUCCUGGUUCAACCGAGCCUUUGUUUGCCCCCGGCCGGGACAGGCGGCUUCAUCAAAAUGAGUGCCAAGCAGCCCCUGCCUGCCGCAGCCCCCGGCAAAUUAGCAACUCACGUCUCCCCCUUGUCCCAACCCGCCUCUCUGGUCCAACCCUUGUCGGCUGUGCCGCACCUGAAUCUGCCCUCCGCCCUGGGCCACGGCGCCCCUUUUGAGCUGCAAGGCGUCCUCUCCGCUCAGCCGUCGGGGCCCCGGCCGUGCUUGGCCCCCGCGGUUCCCUCAAACGUCGUCUCUUCCCUUCCCGUCGCUUUCCACCCCAAAAUGAUCCUCCCGGCUUUGCCCUCCAACCGCGUCCGGAAGGCUCCUGUCCCGAGGGGGUACCAGAAGAAGAAGGCCCCCAAAGUGGUUCCUUUGCUGAAGGCCGCCCCGGUGCUUCAUUCGACCCCCGUCAUCUUCACCGUUCCUGCCGGGACAGUCAAAGUCUUGGGCAUCGCCAACGGCUGUAACGUCCUGCAGCCCCUGUCCGCCGCCACCAGAGCGGUCUCGGCCCCCCAGCCCAUCCCCAUCACCACGCUGCUGGUCAACUCCACACCCUUCUCCUGCCCGCUCAACCAGUCCUUGGCGGCUUCUCCCACCCUGCCCUUGGUAGUCGCUUCAAAUUCGGGCCCCACCCCGACGUCCGCGCUGGUCAAAGAUAUGGAGAUGUCUACUCAACCGGUCAACAAGGUGGCGUCCGUUGGGGACGCUCCAGACCCUGGCAAGGCCAACCCCAAAACGGGCCCAGAAGAAGCUCCAGGAGAUGUCGUUGGCUCGUGGUCCUCUAAUCUUCACCCUGAGGUCCAAGCGGAACCUCCUGUCCAGGGUUACGUGGAGGUGGGCGAAGGCAGGCCUCCUGAGGUUGUAGUCCCCGCUCCCUUCUCCCCCAUGGCGGAGUUAGGAGACUUAGUCAAGGUGGACUUGGAAGCAACCAAGGAGACACCAUCUUCAGAGGCAGCCCCCGUUCCCCAAAAUCCAUCUUCAGAAGAUUCUCCAAUGAAAGAAGAGUUGAUUUUGGGCCUCGGGCAGGGCCUGGAGGUUGAGCCGGCCUCGGCGGUCAAGAAGGAGCUGGAAGAAGUUCAGAAUCAACCCGGCGGCGAGGAGGAGGAGGAGGAAGAAGAGGAGACCGCCAACUCAACCGGCCCGCAAGCAUCGUCGUCGACAGAAGGAAGUCACGCUUCUCCCGCCAACGUCGUCGGCAGCUCCGUGGCGGACAACACCAGCAGCUCCUUGGGAAAGGUGGAGGCGUCGGCCAGCCAGGAGGGAGGAGGCGAGAAAGACGGGCUGGAGGAAGAGGAAGAGGAGGAUUUUGAUGAUUACAUCCAGGAUGAGGAAGACGAGAUGUCUUCGGCUUCCGAGGAAUCGGUGCUCUCGGUGCCAGAACUUCAGGAGACCAUGGAAAAACUCACCUGGCUGGCAUCCGAGAGGCGGAUGAGCCAGGAAGGCGAUUCGGAGGAGGAAAACUCCCAGGAAGAGAACUCGGAGCCGGAGGAGGAAGAGGAAGAAGAGGAAGAAGGGGAAGGAGAACCUCUGGAGAGCCAACAGAAGGAGGACGAAAUGGCCGACGAGGUUGUGGGCCCGGGGGACGGUCCGGCUUCCUCUCUCGCCUCGACCUGCGCCGCGCCGACGGUGGAGGCCAGUAGCAGCCCUCCAGGAGAGAAUCCCAAAACCGCUACCAAGAGCCGGGCGUCCCACCGAGCCCGGGCCAAGCGGGGCCGGGGCCGCACCAGCAAAGACGCCUCCAAGCUCCUCCUCCUUUACGAUGACGACAUCCUGGAGAGGGACCCAUUGCGCGAGCAGAAGGACUUCGCUUUCGCCCAGGCUUACCUGAACAGGGUACGCGAAGCCCUGCGCCUCGUUCCGGGCAAAUACGAAGAAUUCCUCCGCAACAUUUACGAAUUUGAGAAUAACCUGCAGAAACAGACGGCCGUCGAUCUCUACGCCCGGCUGCGGGUCAUCCUUCAGGACUGGCCUCAACUCUUGACCGAUUUCGCGGCCUUCCUGUUACCCGAGCAAGCUCUGGAGUGCGGGCUGUUUGAGGAACAGCAGGCCUUCGAGAAGAGCCGGACGUUCCUUCGGCGGUUGGAGAUCUGCUUUGCUGAAAACCCCUCCCACCACCAGAAGAUCAUCAAGGUCUUGCAGAACUGCGCGGACUGCGUACCCCAGGAGAUCAUGGAACUGAAGACUCAGAUGUGGCAGCUGCUGAAAGGACACGAUCACCUCCAGGACGAAUUCUCCGUCUUCUUCGAUCACCUGCGUCCCUCGGCCGGCCGUCUGGGGGAUUUUGAAGAAAUCAAUUGGACAGAGGAGAAAGAAUACGAGUUUGACGGCUUCGAAGAAGUCUCGCUGCCUGACAUGGAGGAAGAGGAGGAGCCCCCCAAAAUCCACGCCGCCUCGAAGAACAAGAGACGGAAAGAGCUGGGGAGCCAGAAUGCCGAGAAGGAGUCCGAGUGGCCGGAAGGACAGAAGGACUGGUGCAGCUCCUGCCACGAGAAUAGCGGAGACCCCCGGCUGAAGCGCAGCAAACGGCGCACCUGCGCCAACUGUAGCACCAAGGUGGGAGACCCCAAAGGCGCCAAAAACAAAGAGCCGGGCGAGUUUGCAGAGGGUCGGUCCCAGCGAGAGCCCAGCCCUCGCCCGGAAGGGAAGGAGACCCUCGAGGGCAACGCGGAGAAGAGAGACGACGGGGAAGCCAUCCCCGGCAGGAUCAGAGCCGCCAACCGGAAGGGAGACUCUGCCGGAGGAGGAGGUGCUCGCCUGGAAGGGAAGCCCCUUUCAUCCCGAGAGCCCCCUCCCGAGGGGCUCCUCCUGACAGCUUGCAAAACCGCGGAGCCUCCCCCUGUCCCUCCCUGCCCUCCAAACGGGGCCGAACCUGCCAAGAACCCACCUGCGGCUCCCCUUCCACCUUCGAGGGGGGCCUUCCCCCCCAAACCGCAUCGCCUGAAAAGCAGCCUCUGUCCCACGGAGGGGAAAAGAGAGAUGGGGCACGGCCCCAGGAGUGGGGGGGAGGCCCCUUCUGCACCCAACCCCGACAAUUCGGAGACCGAAGGUCCUUCAAAAGCAAUCCGGUUGGAUCCUAAUUCUCCUCCAUCCUCCAUCCUCGUUCCUUCUCGGCCGAGUCUCAAGGAGCUGGGCGGCCGCUCCCCCACGGGGACUACAAAACCCAAAGCUAGGGAGAUGUUGUCCAAAGACCUCCCUCUGAAGACUUUGGGGGCGAGCCUGCAGACCGAACCAGAGAUCUCCCCAACCGGCGGCACGCAAGCCGCCAAUCUAACGGGGAAAGCAGCCGAAGGAGGGGGGGACGUCCGGUCACCCAAGGAAGAGAGGUCAGCCCCUGCCACGGUCGGUCCUGAUCGCGGUGCGCCCAUCGCAGGAGAAGACCUGCAGCCCAGGACAAUCGAACCCACGGUCUGUGCCAAGAACAUCAAGGUCAGCUCCACGGGGGAGAAAGUGGUGUUAUGGACCAGGGAGGCCGACCGCGUGAUCCUGACCAGCUGCCAGGAGCGAGGGGCCGAUCCGCAGACCUUCAGCGCUAUCUCCGAACAGCUGGGCAACAAGACCCCAGAGGAGGUAGCCCACCGUUUCCGCGAACUGAUGACCUUGUUCCACACGGCCUGCGACGUCAGUUCGGACGACGAGGACGACGGGAUGAGCACCAGUCACACUGACCAGCUUUCCGACAAAGAUCCCGCCCUCUCGGAGGACGAGCGGGAAGAACCGGGUUUUUAAAGCUGCAGAGAGGAACUUUUGGGGACGCGUUUAACACCCGCCCCCCUUUCGCUCAGCGGCUCACUUGAGACACCCUGGAAAGACACCGGAAAGUUAAUGAUUUUUAAUUCUCUUGCACAAUGUGGGUUGCUUGGAGGUGAGAAGAAUCCCACCGUCUCUCGGAUCUGUAAAUAUUUUUUUUUUUUUAAAGUAGGAAAUGUAUAAAUUAAUGGGGAGGGGGCGAAUAUUUAUUGAGUGAUCGUAUUUUAAAGAAUUAAAGCAGGACGUCG